AUGGGAUCAUCUCAACCAAAACCUGAAUUUGUCACAGUCUUGGCUGAUCAGAAUAUAAAAACUGGAGAAACAAUUACUCUUUGCUGUGAGGUGAACAUAGAUAAUGUAACAGUAACAUGGAAGAAGGAUGACCAGACAUUGCGCUGUGUGGAGGGCAAGCACACUGUAAGCAAAACAUACAAAAAAUGUACCUUGAAAAUUACAAAUGCUCAGCCGAGUGACGAAGGGAAGUACACCAUAAACAUUGAAAACAAAACAGGUUCUGACUCGUGCUCAGCCAUUGUGAGAGUUGAGAUUAAGCAAUGGAGAGAUGUCACCUGGGAUCAAAAUCAAAUGUUCACAAAACUGCAACAAUUUAAAAUUUGUGAGGAAGUGCCAGAGCUUCGUUUCCUCAUGGUUGGACCAGUUGGAGCAGGAAAGUCCAGCUCCAUAAACACCAUCAAAUCUGUUUUUGAGAAACGUCAGUUUAUUAAUUGCCUGGGUGCUACAUCUGCUAAAACAAGUCAAACUCUCUCUUUUCAAAGAUUUGAGGUUUCAAAUGAAGAUGGGCCUUUUCCUUUUGCUUUCAACGAUGUAAUGGGUUUGCAAGAAGACGGAGGGGUGCGCACUGACGACAUCAUCAAGGCUAUAAAAGGUCACAUAAAAGAGGGUUACGAGUUUAAUCCUACAUCCUCACUGUCUGACGACAGUAAAUACUACAACAAAAAUCCCAGCUUGAGUGAUCAGAUCCACUGUCUGAUUUAUGUUAUACCAGCAGAUAAAAUUACAAUAAUGCCAGCUGAAUUAACAACAAAAACAAAGACUAUCAGAGAGGAAGCAAGCAAAAUGGGGCUUCCUCAAGUGGUUUUCUUAACCAGAGCAGAUUGCAUAUGCUCACUUAUGAAGGACGAUCUACAGAAAGUCUACAUUAGCAAGAAGAUCCGGGAUAAAAUUCAUGAAUGCAGCAAUCUAGUGGGUGUCCCUGCAAACCUCAUCUUCCCUGUGAUCAACUAUAGUGAGGAGACUCACAUAAAUGAGAAGAUAAACUGUCUGAUGAUGGAUGCUCUAAAACAAAUUAUAAACUGGGCAAAUGACUACGUAAAGGCAAACCUGAAACACGUGCCUGAAUGAUAAAAUUCAAACAUAAGGGUUAAAAAUAUACAGAAAUCAGAUGUACAUAACAUUAAAAAUUGUGCCCCCUAUAUUUUAAUUUAUUUAAUUUCAUUGUAUUUAAUUGGAAAAGUUACAUAAACAUGCAUUUCCUCUGACUGCUUUAAUGAUGACAAGGUCAUGCUAUUUUUUGAUCUGAAGCACUGGUAGAACAAAGAGGGAAGAAGGUGGGUUGAUGACUGGGUCCUAAAAACUAUGUGCCCUUCUGGUAAAAAGGUUCUAAUUAGCCUCAUGAGUUUUAGGCUAUCAAUUGAAAGGUUGUCGGUUUGAAUCCUGACUCCAAACGUGCUGGAAUACGCUAAAAAUGCAUUUCUUUGUACUGUACACAUCUAUAUGUAUAUAUGGCAAAGGUGUUUAUUUGACCUAGAUAAAUUCUUUUUUAGGAGGGGGCAUAAAAUGUUUUUCCUUAAAGUUGCACUAUGUAAUCUUUUUGUGUAUAAAAUACAAUGCUGUAUGGUGCACUGAAAAGCUUAUGAAUGUAGUUUAUCCUGCUGUCAUGUACUACUUUCUAAGCCAGUUAAUGUAACAUGUUACAUUAAUUG